CAAGAUGACAAGAAUCUCGUCUGAUUAAUCAGAAAUAAAAGAAUCAGGCAAGAAUUAUAAGAUAUUCAAGAUAUAUUUAACGUUCAGACAAGAUUCUUAUGAUAGAAAAGAAAAAGAUUCUUGCCAGCUUUUCAAGAUCAACAGCACGUGAUGUCGUCUUUGUAUGAUCAAAUAUAUAAAGGCAAUGUCUGAACGUUAUUUAUUCAUUAUUUCAAUUGGAUGUAUAGAAAAAGUUUCCAUUCGAUAUCGAGAAAACAGUGGAAUAUAUGAUAUCUUUUUUUCCAUUGUUUUCAGAAAACUUACACUUAUUAAACACAUUUCGAUAUUUUACCAAUCCACAUCUUUCUAUUUUAUUUUUUUUAGAUUUUCUUUCAUUAUCCACAAAAGUGUUUUUUUAAUGGACGAAGGAAAUAUUGAUUUCAUCAAAAAAUUAUUGUUUGAUAAUGUUCUUGGUAGUAUAGGUAAUAUCUAUAUGCACUUUAUAUCUUUUUGAUUAAAAUACUAUCUUUUUUAGUCAUCACCACAUACAGAUAAACAACGUCGAUGGUGUGCUAAGAAAAAAGAUCAACAUCAUCGUACUCAAUUAUCUCUACAUCAUUUACUAGUUGAACAAAUUGUAAAUAACUUAUUUUAA